CCAGCUGCAACUGAAAGGUACAGUUUUGAAGUUUCCUUAAGCUGGGUCUUUGAUACAGUUGGAGCGGUUGUCUGUUCAGUGGCAGCUUCAGAGCAGACACUGCGAACAAAAUAAUGGAGCCUCUGAGACAGAAUGUGAAGACAACACUGCCAUUGUCCUUAGGAAGAUACCAUAUUUCUGAAGAGUAUGGCUUUCUCCUUCCAAAUCCUCUGAAAGAACUUCCAGAUCAUUAUAGUCCUUGGAUGGAAAUUGCCAACAAACUGCCUCACUUGAUUGAGAGUCACCAGCUUCGAGCUCAUGUGAACAAGAUGCCCCUCCUGGACUGCCAGCUCCUUACGAGCUACCGGGCACAGCGCCUGGCCCACCUGGUCCUGAGCUGCAUCACCAUGGGGUAUGUCUGGCAGGAAGGAGACACGCAGCCUGAACAGGUUCUGCCGAGAAAUCUUGCCCUUCCCCUUGUGGAAGUCUCCAGGAACUUGGGGCUGCCUCCUCUCCUGGUCCACGCAGACUUGGUGCUGACGAACUGGACCAAAAGGGACCCAGCAGGACCCCUGGAAAUCAGGAACCUGGAGAUCAUCGUCUCAUUUCCGGGGGGAGAGAGCCUGCGAGGUUUCGUACUGGUGACUGCUCUGGCAGAGAAAGCAGCAGUGCCUGGGAUUAAGGCCCUUGUCCAGGCUACGCAUGCCAUCUCGCAGCCCAGCCAGGAUGCCCUGCUCCAGGCCCUGCAGCAACUGAGACUCUCCAUACAGGCCAUCACCGGAACCUUGGGACAAAUGCACGAUUAUGUAGAUCCAGACAUAUUUUAUGCAGUCAUCCGGAUCUUUCUCUCUGGAUGGAAAGACAACCCAGCCAUGCCUGCAGGGCUGACGUACGAGGGCGUCUCCCAGGAGCCCCUGAGCUACUCGGGAGGGAGCGCGGCUCAGAGCACGGUGCUUCACGCCUUCGAUGAGUUCCUGGGCGUUCGUCAUAGCAGGGAAAGCGCGGACUUUCUGCACAGAAUGAGGGACUACAUGCCUCCUUCCCAUAAGGCCUUCGUAGAGGAAAUCCGCUCAGCUCCCCCGCUGAGGGAAUACAUCCUGUCCUCCAGACGUGGCCACUUGCUGACAGCCUACAACCAGUGUCUGGAGGCCCUGGCAGAUUUACGCAGCUAUCAUAUCACCAUGGUGACCAAAUACCUCAUCACAGCUGCAGCCAAAGCAAAGAGUCGAAAGCUGAACCCUCUCCCAGGGCCACCUCGGGCUUUGGAAGACAGGGGAACGGGCGGAACUGCUGUUCUGCGGUUCCUAAAGAGUGUCAGAGAUAAGACCUUAGAGACCAUCCUUCACCCAAGUGGUUAAGAGACUGCCCUCUCCCCAGCAGUGCGGAGCCCCUUUGGAGAGCAGUGGACCUGGGGAAUGAGGGUCAGGUUUCUGCCUGGGAUCCUCCAAGGGGGACCUCAGCCCUCUUUCACGUUUCUGCUCCGUAACACACGACAUUCUCCUCCAUGUGAGCCGUCAUCUUCACAAAGGAGAGUUGGCUCGGCCAGAAACUUCCCUUCCCUACCUGAUCGCCACUCAACAGCAAACAGCGUUGGAUACGUUCUCCUUCGGAAUCCCACGGAGGAGGGAAUGUACUUCAUUCUCUCUGCCAAGUAAUAGAAAACCAUUCUAAAUUUCAAAAACCAAAUAAAAUUGCCUGUGGGCAGAUAACCUUGUUGAUUUUUUUAAAAAACAAAUUCACGUAAAAAUGUAUUAAGUUCCUACUGAGCACUGCCUCUGAGAUUAGAACGGGGAUUUCUGUGGCCCCAGCCCAGCCUCUUCUCCCUGAAUGUGUUGAAUUUGGUGGUGCGAGGCUGGAAAUGCUCAAGUGGCCAAGUGGAAGGAAGAGGACGCUGACAAGACUUGGGAGUCACCGGUGUAAAAACAAAUAGUUAACGAUACGGGAGCAGAUGAGACUUUUCCACGUGGUACAUAGAUUUGCAAAGUCUAUUAUAGUCCCUUUCUUUAUUUUUGGAAGAAUGAUUAUCUCUUCUUACCCUGAAAGUCUGCAUUUGUAAAAUGAAUGAACUGACCCUCUGUUAAGUAAAUGAGCAAAA